AUGUCGGGUCUGAUUAUUGACAAACAACAAGAAGCAAUUCAGACAGCAGUGUCAGGGCACAAUUUUAUAUUAAUUGGUCAACCAGGUACAGGAAAAUCCUAUACAAUAGGUAAAAUCUAUGAGCAACUGAAAGUUCAAGGUAAACAUGUUUUUUUAACAUGUACAACUGGCAUCGCUUGCACAAAUUUUGGGGUCCAAGCUGAAACAAUUCACCGAUGGGCUGGAUUGGAAGACGGUCGUUACACGUCUAUUGAGCUUUGCAACUUGAUAAAAAAUUCGCCAAAGUACAGUAGGAUUUUACAAAAUAUAAUAACGGCAGACGUGUUGAUUAUAGAUGAAAUAUCCAUGCUUAGUGCGAAGCUUUUUCAACAGUUGUGCGACAUAUGUUCGAUCAAAGAUAGUACCAAGCUAUUUGGAGGAAUACAAAUUAUUGUGUCCGGGGACUUUUUACAACUGGCGCCAGUGCCCAAUAGAAACUAUAAUGAUGAGGGGGCCAUGUGCUUCACAUGUCCUUUAUUCGAAAAGGUGUUACCACACAAAGUGGUACUAAAUCGUGUUGUAAGGCAAGACAAUGAGCGUUUCAUUAAUGUUAUUCAUGAAGUGUCAAAGGGUAUUGUAUCACCCGAGUCGAUUUCGUAUAUAAAGACUUUAGACAGACCUCUCCCUAUUGGCAAUGAAGUUAUGCUAUUUUCAAACAAUGAUUUAGUAAAUGUUUACAAUAGACGCCAAAUUCUGAACGGUCCUGGUGUGAUAAGAGAGUUUGUGUCAGAGGAUUCUGGAGACGUUCGAAUGCUAAUUAAAAGCACAGCACCACCACGUUUGUGGCUAAAGGAAGGGUGCCCGGUGAUUUUGAUAAGGAAUCUCAACAAUAAGCUAGUUAAUGGACUCCGCGGCAAGGUUGUGGAUUUUGAAGACACGUCUCCCAUAGUCCACUUUCCUUCAAUUAACUGUACAACAAAGGUGGAGAAAGUAUCUUUUUCAGUAUUUAAUCCGGAUAAGAACAUGACAGUAGCUACUAGAGUACAAGGUAACAGUCGAUUGUCAACAGAUCUUCAAACCUGGUCAACUUGGCGUGGCUAUGGGAAGAGUAAGAACACCGGACGGUUUAAGAAUUGUUAA